AUGAUGACGACGAUGAUGACAUUCACUCACCCAAAAAGAAAAGAGUUGCAAGUUCUGAUGAUGAAGAUGUUUUCAGAUGAUGACGAGAAUUUAGUGCGGAAACGGAAACGCAUUGUGAAUUCCGAUGACAGCGAUGAGGAUGAAAUGGGUUCCAAGAGAAACUUGCUCGACUCCGAUGACUCGGACGAUGACAUGGAUGAAGAGCAACGAAAAAAGAAGGAUGUUGAAGAAGACGCUGAAGCUUCUCAAGAUGCGGAGGAAGGUGAAGGUGAACCAGAGGAAGGGGAAGGUCACGCCGCUGGUGAAGAUGGCUAUGAAGAUUAUGGUAGACAUCGCAGAGAGGAAAAUGACGACAGGGACCAUACGUUAGUUUUAAAAUCGACUUUACUUCGAAAUCAGCUGUUGUUUAUUUUUCUAUCUAUCUCCGGACAUUAAAC